AUGACACCUUCAAGGGUUGGUGGUAUGAAGAAGGACAAGACCGUGGCAUUUUCACGUCUCGAGGGUCGAAACCCGUCGAAGGCACGGGAAACGAAACCGCCUACCUCGCGAGAGCAAAGGAAACGGCAAGCAGAACAGACUAGGGAAGCACCUGCGACAGAUGCGACAUCCAAUGAUCUCAAGGUGGAUGAGAUGGUGAGUCGCGCAUACGAAGCAUACGAGCGGAAUCACAGGUGUGACCGUUGCUUCCUAAAGUGGGGCGAAAUCUACUGUCACCUUGAAGAAGGUAGCACUAGAUGCGAGAUGUGUCGUUAUAACAAGCGACGGUGUUUUUGGGACGGCUUCUCGCUGUCACCCAGAUACUACAACGGUACGCCUGCGCUUACCGUGAUUGCGCGACAGCUGACGGAGAUGACCAAUGAAGAAAGAUCUGCGGGAAAGCGCCUGGAUGACGUGGCAAUCGUGUCCAUGAGCGGCGACGUCACAACCUGGGAGACUCCGGAGUCUUUCGUCGAAACGCAGAGCGCAGCCUCUGCCCAGCCAGAAGCGAUGGAUGUAGGCUCAUACGACCGUACCGUGCAGCAUGAAGCGAGACCCAAUCUGCGGUACGAGGGUCACACGUACAACGACAACGAAUCCCUCGAUCUCGCCCAUCGCGCCGCAGUUGUCGAACUGAGAGAUCUCCGUCGAACUAUCGGGACGCUGGAGCGACAGGCUGAGGAUAUCCGCAAGAUUACGGCGCAAUUGGAUGGGUCGCUCGAGGCAGAUGAGGCCCCAGAAUGUCUGGACUUGGACUGCUCACGCCGAUCGAAAAGUUUAGUAACUACAUCCGGGACACGCCUGUGCCGGACGGAGGCCCAGCGCUCCACAAUUGGGUUGCACAGUACAAAGAUCUACACGUACGAGUGUCUCACCGCCGAAAAAUAUCAUUUACAGGGGCUGAACUAUCAACAGGAUUUGUACAUUGCACAUCGCGGGGAUCACCCGACUGAGCCACACCCCGAGGCUCUGGUGAACGCUGCCAAGGAGGCUAUGCAUCUGGUACUGGAACGAGCGACACCGAACUACAAAGUUUGGCUGAGUGCGAAUUUUCCAACGUACUCAGUGCUAUACACGCGCACUGGCCCUCCGAAAAGAGCACCACGUCAGAACAGCGACGGAAAGGGGGAGGCCGCCAAGUCGGGGCUUACUGGGACCCCACCGUCCCUAGGGCCAGACGGGAGACCUGCGAAGUUCGGCCCUCCUCUUAAGAAGUUCCGACUCGCCGAAGCUGCUGCGACUCCAGGUCGCCCCGGCUUCGCUGUAUCAACAAUGAAGAGAAAGGCCGCCGAGUUGGACGAAGGCCAUACCGGGUCUUCAACAAGCGCCGACCAGUCAUGCAGCAAUUGUAUCGCAUCGGCAGCAGACACGCUCUGCAAUGUAGAAUCAGGGGCGGCGGAGUGCCGCCAAUGCCUCGACCGGGGCAUCAAAUGCGACAAGACUGGUCAUGUUCUACAAAGCGUAGACGUCGACGGAUCAGCCAAGAGGGCGCGAUUGGAACCAGAGGAGCGAUCACCGGGCUUUGAUACGGGUACAGCUAGCUCCCCGGUGAAGACGGCGUCCGUUUUGUCGACGAGCGACGCCCUGGGAAACUCUGCAAUAACGGGUGUCAACGAUGGGGCCGAGGACACACAAGGAGACACAAUCACCAUGCGCGAGAGUGAGUCUUCUGGCGUGGCGGCCCUUGAACAAAGCCCAUCACCUCCUAUGACGGUCGAACGGAGCGUUUCCCAGGUCCAGGAUGCGAUGGACGAGCAGGACAUGGAGAGCGCGGAUCUCACAAGGGAGCUGGACGGAGUGGAGGGGUUGAUUGUCACAGACGUGAUGGAGGGCGAACCUUCGACUAAGACAUCCAUCGGCACUCAGACACAGAGCCCGUCGCAAUUUGACGUCAUGUCACCGGUUGGCAGUCGCGAAAUUGGAGGCCGGCGCCUGGACGUUUACAGCGGAACGAGGCUGUACCUGGCGGCAGUCGAAGAGCUCCGAUCCCUCGAGGCGCGGAUUCACGUCAUGCGCGUGCAAGAAAAGAACCUGGAAGAUUAUCUGGCGACAAUAGAGCGACAGAACACGAGCACUACGCUCUCAGAGGAACCUGCGGGAGGCGCGUCUGCACCGGCUUCGGUGGGGACAUGUCUGCUCAGGGUGUCGGGACGAAAUCGCAAGGAGCACAGGCUAAUUACGCAGCUACCCGACGAAGACAGCUACAGAGUCGCUACCGGUGCAACGAUUAAGAUGACCCCUUCGACACAGAGCCACCCGCUGCACUCACAAUACUCCUGGUUCCAACAAUUCGGUAUGAGGGGUAUUAGCGACGACGAAUACGAGGAAGGUAGUGAAGUCGAGUUGCGUGCGCAAGGGAGGGGGACCGAUGCGAACUGGAUGGAUGACGGCUCGUCCAUAGUUGGAGACGCAGACGAAGGCGCAUACGAGAAGCAUCCUAUUGACCGCGACGAUAACAGUGUCGAUGACGACGAAAGCUCUUCCUCCACGAACACUUCUGAACCAUACACCGCAUAUGUCAACACCGACGAGGAGGCAGGGGGUGAUUCCGGCGAUGAUGUUGAGGAUUCAGAGGAGGUUGACGAGCUCGGGUCGAAUCAAGGAGACGGCUUCGUCGAAGACCCGGCUCGAAUCGCACAGACCGACGUGCAAACGGUUGGAAUUGAUGUCUCUCCGCUAGCGCGGAUAUUGCGGGAGAACACGAAGGUGUGCGAGUGCACGUUCCAAGGGUUUCCCCUGGCACCAAAAUUGCGAUACUUUGAAAAGCCCGUCUGUCCCCCAGCCGGCUCCGGAGGCGACGAUUUCCGUGCUCGGGCGAAGUCCUCCAUGCCGCCUAUUUGCGACGUGCCCGCUGGAAGAGACGAUGAAACAACGCUGGGUCCUGGGUUGCGCAGGGAGAUCGGUAUGCAACGCAUGAACGUCCGCGCAAAUCAAUCAAAACGCGCGCGGGGAAGCUCACCGGCUCCUCCGCCUCCUAUAAAGAAACUGAGGCACGAACACCCAUAUCCUAAGACUCAUGAUGCACCACCCAUAGCGUCCGCAUCCCGGGAAGUCAUCACGUCGAAGCGGGAAGCCUUCACGAAAAGGCCUGGCAGCGUCACUGGAGUAUCUGCGAAACGACGAGUAGUCCCACCUUCCUACCAGCCUGGAAUGCGCUCUAUAACCCGCAUCCCGACGGACAACAUCCAUGGCACCGAGGCGACGGUGAAGCGGUUGAUUGAGACGCACACCGGUGUGUUGCAGCUAUAUCAGUCGCUACUCAACGACACCAACGCGGAGCUCACCGCCGCCAAGGAAAAUGAACGGCGCAUUAGCGAGGAGCUUCGUAAAUGCGAGGAAUUGUUGGCUACCUCGCCAGAACAUGAGAUGGGACUGCAGAAACAGUGGGGCGAAGUCGACGCCACACGAUUCGGGACGCCGAAGAUUGUAGCGGAGAUCACUGCCCGUGGGGACGUGGCCCAUGGGCGCCUAGUGAUGGCACCAAGAAGGAUAACCGCAUCAAGCCAGACGGCGACUUCGGCGCCACGUCCCCAUGUUGCCCAUCUUCGCAAUGUAUUAAAGCUCCUCCAUUUGAGAGGCCUUCAGAACCGCCCGCGAACAGAUCAGGUGAAUUGUCUGCGAUUUCUACGGGACGCAGUGAUCCAAUACGGUGCCAAUGAAAAUCUGUAUACGGGGCCUCAGGGAAGCUGGAAGGCCAAGGGCGACAAGGAGAAUGUAUCGGAGACUAUCGAAGGCUUAUCGAAGAUACUGGUCACCACAAAAGAGCGCGUCGAUCCUACGGUUGCGGACUGGAUCGCCAACCAUUGGUCAAACUUGAUGACGCCCGCCAACCCGCUACCUUCGGUUCCCAGACGGUUCGAAUUUGAUCAAGCGGACAUACAAUCAGUGACCGAUCUCUUGGCUCAAGCGACUGAGAGGGCGCAGAAGGAUUCCCUUCCAAAGGCCGAAGCGCAGCCAGUAGCGACUGCAAGCGGGAAGCUCCCUACCGAAGAUGUUACCCGACGCGCGGUAGGCAUGAAUAAGGGCGCUUCCCGUCCCAAGGGAAAGGGAAGGGCGGACAACACUGCGGGCUCGAGAGAGCCAAUUGCUGAGUACGCGCGAGAUCGGCUGCGAGCGGGACAAAAGUGUGACUACUGCAAGUCUGCAGUGAAUGUUGCGCGUCCGUGCGUCGUGCUGGAAGGUAGCGCCAAAUGCGAGGAGUGCAAGAAGAGGCGAAAAGGAUGCUUCUUCGACAACCGUUCACUGAGCGGAUAUGUCAGCAAAUCUGCAGAGCACACUAGUGGAACGGGGACGGGCGAUAAAGACGACGCGGAGCAUGUCCCUCGAACGUCCGCCUCGUCCGUCUCGUCCGCGGCUCGGAGGUCACAGUCUACCGCGGGUACUCCUGAGCCAAAGCGCGGGGCAAACGCGCUCGGGAAGCGCCGCGCACAAUUCGAUGAUGACCCAGCCGAAGCGUUGUCGGACGACGCGUCGACAAAGAACAAGGUACCACGCACUCUGCUGCGAGAAGUCGAGGUCGUCAUACCAUACGUGGACAUUGACCGCGAUCAAUACCGGUCAAUGGAAGAACUGAUGUCCGAGCCCGGAUGGAACUCCUCUCGUGAAAGGAGGUACACACCUUUGGACGUUGCGGCGGAGGUACCAAUGAACCAGGCGCCCCAGGUGGAUGCUGACAAGGUGGACGCCCUCCGGGCACUCGUCGCGCAGCAUCGAGAGGCCCUGGUCGCGGCAAAAGAUUUGGUGGCAAAAACGGAGCAGACGAAGGCACACCUGGAGGAGAAGGUCGCAGGGGCACAGGCGGAUAGGGCACAAGCACUCGCACAGCUCGAGGCCCUGAAGUCGGGUCAGGAGAGGAGCAAUGUCGCGAGCGUGGUCGGACUAGCCAUGAGUCAAUGGAGCAGCAAAUUCAAACGAGGUGUCAAGAAGCCGCGCCCUGGAAUCGUCUGGACUCGAAUUCGACUGAGACCCCAGGCCUCCUUCCGCCCACGCGUCGCGUUUUAUAUGUCGCGGGCUCCGAGUAGCAGUGGUGAUGACGACGGCGCGUUAGCCCUCAUCGAGGCCUGGUUCAAAGUUUCGGAAAAGCAGGACUUCAGCAUUGCGUCCAUGGCUAUGCAAGUACUUGAACAGCUCUAUGACUUACUGGUAGUUGAUUCACUACGGAUCAUGAUCUGCUUGCUUACGAUGUGUCGACAGCUUGAAUUUGGGAAACGCCACGGCUACACGUCGGGGCGUAUGGCCGAGCCGCCCUGGAUCACUCUCCGGCUCAACAGGUUGUCAAAGCUCGUGAAGGGCAAGCGUUGCCACAAUGAUGGGCGAACGUGGGUCAAGAUCCAUUGGCCCGAGCUCCUCGAGGGUGGCGACAGCCGCUGGCCUAGUUCUGCAUCAUGGGACGCGAGUGACGCCGUUGCAGAGGUCGACGACGAGAUGGACGGCAAUCAGGAUGGCAGCGAGGAUGGCGAAUAUAACGGGAAAUUUGUCAGUGACGUGCAUGGCGACGGGUCAGAUGGAAGUGAGGAGGACGACGAGGAGAACAAGAUGGUGGAAGACGGCCAUGAGUCGGCUCUCCCAGCGUCGCAGUCGCGCUCAACCAAACGGCCCGCAAUGCGUGCGCGGUCAGCAAAGGAGGACAUCAGAAGGGAUGCCGAGCGUUACCGCAAGAUUUUCAUGAAGUCAAACUAUGCUGUACAGUGCGACCGCUGCCGCGCGGCAACGCGGGCUGUCAGGAAGUGCACCAUCAAAAAGGGGAACUUAACUUGCAGCAUAUGCAGGAACACGGGGAAUGGCUGCUACUUCAACGGGUAUUCCCUGAACGGUACCCAGAGCAAGGCGAUUCCGUCCAAAAGUACGGGAAUGCGUGACGCUGCGCUCGUGGAGCGGGAUGGCCGUGGUGACAGAUCUGAGCCGCGCACUUCCUCUACGCACACAAAACCCAGGCAAAUUCCGAGAGCGACGCGUUCCAGCGGAGUAGCUAGCGCGAACAGCGUCGAUGACGGUGAGACGACUCCGACCAAGAUUGACCCGACGGGGCCCGCGAAGAUUGAACCCUCUAAGCAUGAAAUCACGGGCUCAAAGGAUGAUGCCCCUCGUAGGAAGCAAGCCAAGGCAGAGGUCGCCCGGAGCGUUGUCGGUGACGGUCGUAGGUCGGUUCGCUCGAUGGCGUCAGCCUCUGCGAUUGUUUCCGACCCUGGAUAUGGUGAGGAGAUGCAUCGAGUGUCAUCGGCAACACACACCGAGUUGUUCGUGCUCGGUAACGUUACCUUCGAAGACAACACUUUUCCUGACGGCCAUUUUGACGUCACCAAGUCACACGCAACGACUGGGAUGACACGCGGUGAUCAGGUCGAGCGCGUGAAGAAGUUCAUCGGAUUGCUCGAAACGAAGCAGUCCCAGCUCACAGGAGAGAUGGACCAGCUACAGAAGCAGCACGACUGGCUCUCGCACCAGCUAGCCGUUAACAAGUUACGGCAGCAAGAGUUGCGCCAAGAUGGCAGGCCUGAACCUGGACCAAGUCCCCUGGAGGCUGAGCCUGGACCGAGGCGCCCCCCCCGCGUCGCGAGUGGCAUCAAGUUCUCGUCGGGCGGCUCGCGGGCAGGGCGGAUCGCGCAAAAGCCGUCGACGAUAAAGAUAAUUUCAGCAAAUGGAUCGACGACCGGCGAUGUGUCGCAGUUUGUUUAUGAACAACCCGGUCGUAAAUGGAUACCGUGA